AUGGACAGGAGGGAGUCGGAGCACUUUUCCUGUUCCCUGGUCCAGGCAGUGCUGACUCAGCCCCCAUCGCUCUCAGUGGAGCCAGGAAAGGAUGCCCAGAUCACCUGCUCCGGGCUUAGCAGCAGCUACGGCUAUGUUGGUUGGUACCAGCAGAAGGUGCCUGGCAGUGCCCCUAUCACUGUGAUUUAUUGGAACGACAAGAGACCCUCGGGCAUCCCUUCGCGAUUCUCCGGAUCCACCUCCGGCGCCACGGCCACGUUAACCAUCACGGGGGUCCAAGCCGAGGAUGAGGCCGUCUAUUACUGUGGGAGCUAUGAUGGCAGCACUAGUGCUGUGUCCUCAGAAGUAAACACCUGCAUUGCCUUCUCCAUGAUUAACAACACCUACAGCUGGUUCCAGCAGAGGGUACCUGGCAGCAGCGUUCCUGUCACUCUGAUCUAUCAGAACAACCAGAGAUCCUUGGACAUCCUUUCAUGGUUCUCCGGACCCACGUCUGGCACCAUGCAGAAGACAUCAGGCAAUGUCCCUGUCAGGGUGAUCUAUGAGAGCAGCAAGAGACCCUCGGGCAUCCCUUCGCGAUUCUCCGGAUCCAGCUCCGGCUCUACGGCCACGUUAACCAUCACUGGGGUCCAAGCCGAGGACGAGGCCGUCUAUUACUGUGGUGGCUACGAUGGCAGCUAUAAUGGUGACAUGGAGUAA